GGAGAAACAUCACUGAAAGAAUGGCUCCAACUUACACUACUGACUACUCCACACUUUCUAACAAAGAUAAGCAUAAAUUGAGAAAACCUGCCGUGGAGAAAAUGCGCAGAGAUCGCAUCAACAGCUGCAUCGAGCAGCUCAAAACCAUGCUGGAGAAAGAGUUCCACCAGCAGGACCCAAACACCAAGCUGGAGAAAGCCGACAUUCUGGAGAUGACCGUGAUCUUCCUGAAACAGAAGCUGCAGCACAAGUCCUCAGCUCCACAGAAAACUCACUUUGACGGCUAUUCCCAGUGCUGGAGGGAGACCAUGAACUAUUUGUCUGUCAACUCCAAGACGGACGGCGUACGUCAACAUCUGAACCGCUGCCAGGAAGCCCAGAGAUCAGCUAAAGAUGUCAGUCUCGUGUCACCAGUCUCCUAUCAGAGCAGCAAGGUCAUCGUGAAGCAGGAACCGUGUGCUCACACACCUCUCUGGAGACCUUGGUAGACACUCAAAGACUAUUACUGAAACUAGAUGGUGGUUUACCAUCUCUUAUGUUGUAGGAGAUAUACAUUUCCAUUAUCAUGUUCAUUUUGAUCAUGUGUUCGAUUGCUUCAUAUUGAAGUUUGAAACAGUUUUAUUUUUAAUAAGAUUGUCUUCGCAAAUGUAUUUGCUGUGAUAGUAUGACGCCUGCGUUCCGGUGUUUUCCAAUACUCAUGUUUCAGUUAGAAACAGUGGUUUUGCUCAGAAUCUGAGUUUUGUGUGUAAUCUCAUUGGAUGUUUGAUUUGGUUUAGCCCUUUGUAAGGGUUACAGAAAAACAAUGUUUGUUCUUGUGAUGGCACUGAAACGUAUCAUGGACACUGUGUGUCUAACAUUGCAUUUA